AAUGUCAAAACACUCUGAAAAGAAAACUAAAGCAGUCGAUUAUAGAUAUGAUCAUCUUCAAUCAUACUAUUAAACAUAUGUUCCUACUCCAUAUGUAGCUUCUACAUAUGAAUAACCAAUAGUUUUACUACCAAAUAUUCAAACAACAUAAGUCAUAACAACAGAACCUACAGUAAUAAGAGAGAGAAGAGUAGUACAAGGAGAAUCAUAAUUUAUAAAAUAAGAUCAUAUGAUAUAAGAAUAGAAUUGCUGUAUACCUUGUAUGCCUUGUGUUUAAUGUUGUGACAAAGAAUAAAAGGUUGUUACAAGAUAAGUAGUGUUAAAAGGUAUAAACAAUUAAUAUUUAUAGAAAAGUAACCAAUAGUAUAAAAUAGAAAUGAGGAUUACGAAAAGAAAUUGGAUGAAAUAGAAAAAUUACAUAUACAAGAAAUUAAGGAAAUGGAAUUAAAGAUGUAAUAAUAAUUAGAUCAAUUACAGAAUUAAAAACUAUAAGAUGAAUAAUAACGAUAAUUAUAAGAUUUAAAACAAUCACUCUUUGAUAUUAAACAUUAAUUAACUUAAAGAGUAUAAUAAACUCAACCUUAAUAAUCUUAAAUUAUCAAUCCAUAUUAAAUCGAAAGAUUGGAAACACAAUUAAAUAAGAAAAAGAAAAAAAUUAAGGAAUUGAAACAAAUAAUAAAUAAUAUUCAAAUAGAACUUUAAUAAAAGACUAGUUUGAUCUAAGAUUUAGAUCUCAGAUUAAGAUAACCAUUACCUUAAUCUGUUGUUCAUGUUCCAGUCCCAUAAGAGAAUUAUGAAUUAAUUAACUAAGUGAGAUAUUUAGAAUAAGAACGCAAUGCUUUAUUAAGAGAAAUAGAUUCUCUCAAAUUCACUAAUUCAGAAUUAUCAUCAUUAUCAUUUAAAGAUGAUCCUGAGAAAAUUAGAUUAAAAUAGGAUUAUAGUAGAAUGAUAAAUGAUUUCAGAUUUGUAGAAUAAGAAAAUAUUAAGAUGGCAACAAUUAUAGGAUAAAAAGAUGAUUUGAUUAAAUCCUUGGAAUAACGAAUCAGUGUUGAAUUAUCAAGAUAAUCGAUUUUACUUUAAUAGUAAUCCCCUUAAAGAGUUAUACUUGAAUAAACUACUACUACUCGUCCAAUUCAAACAUAAUAUGUAAUAGAUUCAUCUCAAUCAUAUCCUCCAUAACCAAUUCAUAAGUAAUACAUUAUACAAGACUAACCUAUCUAAACUAUGUAACCAACACUUUUACAAUAACAAUAAUAAACACUUCCAAAUGUGAAAAUAAUAUCUUGAUC